ACUCCAAGCUGUUCAUGCCAUCCUAAGAUAAACAAUUACGUGAUUCAUCAGUGGUUGAGUGUGGCUUUUGGUAGUAAAACUACUAGCAGUAUCAUUACAUUUUGGGUUGUUGAUUGCACCAUCUGUAAUGGCUUCAUUGCAGGAACCAUGGCUUCUUGAAAAUGGCAACCUUAAAGGUCUAAGCAAGGAGAUGAGACACGGCCGCACUGCUCAUAACAUGUCAUCCUCAUCUCUGCGCAAAAAAUCUGAUCUUACUCUCGUUUCCAAGCUUCGAUGUGGCUUGCUUAGAAACUUUUUAACUAAUCUUCAAGAAGUCAUUUUAGGGACUAAACUUUCUGUGCUUUUUCCCGCAAUCCCACUCGCCAUUGUCGCUGAAGUCUAUGGCUUUGGAAGACCGUGGGUUUUCGCUUUGAGCUUACUGGGUCUCACUCCUCUUGCCGAACGAGUCAGCUUUUUGACAGAGCAAAUUGCUUACUUCACUGGUCCAACAGUGGGAGGGCUCCUGAAUGCAACAUGUGGCAAUGCUACAGAGCUGAUAAUAGCUGUUUUUGCAUUAAGCCAACACAAGAUAGAGGUGGUGAAAUAUUCUCUUUUGGGUUCUAUUCUCUCCAAUCUGCUUCUUGUUCUUGGGACUUCUCUCUUCUGUGGAGGAAUUGCAAAUCUUAGAUUCGAACAAAGAUAUGAUAGAAAACAAGCUGAUGUCAAUAUACUGCUUCUUCUGCUGGGUUUAUUGUGCCACAUGCUGCCAUUGUUGUUUAGAAUUUCCAGCGACUCAGCUGCUCUCUCCGCCGUUCCAACUCUCCAGUUGUCAAGAGCAAGUAGCUUCGUGAUGCUUCUUGCUUACAUUGCAUACAUUGUCUUCCAAUUAGUGACGCACAGGCAAUUGUUUGAAGCACCAGAGGAAUCAGGAGAUGGUGAGGAUGACGAUGUGGUCUCAGAAGAAAAGCCAGUUAUUGGAUUCUGGAGUGGAAUUGCUUGGCUGUUUGGGAUGACGGGUGUCAUUGCUUUGUUAUCAGAAUAUGUUGUGGAAACAAUUGAGGAUGCUUCUGAUUCUUGGGGACUUUCAGUCAGCUUCAUUAGCAUCAUCUUGCUACCCAUUGUUGGAAAUGCUGCAGAACAUGCAGGAGCAAUCAUCUUUGCUUUUAAAAACAAGUUGGAUAUAUCAUUAGGCGUUGCUUUGGGUUCCGCAACUCAAAUUUCUAUGUUUGUGGUUCCAUUGUGUGUGAUUGUUGCUUGGAUAAUGGGUAUUAAGAUGGAUCUUAGUUUCAGUCUCCUUGAGACUGGCAGUCUUGCUCUAUCAAUCAUCGCUACAGCCUUCACUUUACAGGAUGGUACUUCUCAUUACUUGAAAGGAUUGGCUUUGUUGCUUUGCUACUUUGUUAUUGCAGCAUCCUUUUUCGUCUGCAAAUCACCACUUAAUCAAGGAAACGUCGUCAAUGUUGCAGUCAAUGCAGCUCCUGGAGUAGCUCUCAGAGCUUAGUACGUGCACAAGCUUGAGGCUAUUAAGGUGAUCACAUUAUUCAAAAAUCUCUGGCCAUCUUGGAUGAAUUUGAUAUUCUUUCAUUUUCUUUCGCCUCAACAACGAUAGAUGGAUGGUUCGCCUGCCUGCCGGGAAAGCAUUUUGUGUUUUGUUUAAGAUUAUAUAAUGUUGCCCAAGCCUUCAGAUGUAAAAAUGGAAGUUUACAAAGAGUCGCACCAGUGUUGCUUCUGUGAAGAAGGCUACCUACAACGUCUGUGAUAUUGUAUAGAUAAUUCUCUCUUCUCGCCUAAGUGUUUUUGUUACUGGGUUUGAUUUCUUAUGCCAAUAUAUACAGAAUUGGCAUAUGGCACAAGGGUUUUUCUCCACUCGUGUACUCAAAUUAUCAAUAAAUUUUAGUUACUUCUUGUUUGUGCUUUCAA